CGUCACACGCAGUAGCACCGGACGUGUUUGUAAAAGGGUUAAAAGACAAUUGAAGUAGGCUAGCUAACAUUAGCUGCCAGUUGAAUUCAGUCGUUGUGCAGGCAUGGAAGUGACACGAAAAAAUUAUAAGGACUGUCUAAACGUUGUCUACAGCGCGAUAGAAGAGGCUGAUUUCCUUGCCAUCGAUGGAGAAUUUUCAGGAAUAAGCGAUGGUCCUAAUGUCAGUGCACUUACCAAUGGCUUGGAUACACCGGAGGAGCGGUACAUGAAGCUUAAAAAGCAUUCCAUGGACUUUCUCCUGUUCCAGUUUGGACUAUGUACAUUCAAGUAUGACCAGGCAGAGUCAAAGUACAUCAUGAAGUCUUUUAAUUUCUACAUAUUCCCUAAACCAUUCAACAGGACAUCACCUGAUAUCAAGUUCAUCUGUCAAAGUUCCAGUAUUGACUUCCUGGCUAGUCAAGGGUUUGACUUUAACAAGGUUUUCUGUCAUGGAAUCCCAUACCUAAAUCAGGAGGAGGAAGCCCAGCUGAGGGAGCAAACAGAGGAGAGGAGAAACCAACAGGCCAAUGGAGCAGGAACACCAUCCUACAUCUCCCCAUCCUCCAAAGGUUCUGCACAUGUACCUGAAGAACACAAAGACUUCAUCAACAAAGUGGUAGAAAAGGUUGAGGCCCUGUUCAUGAACUCUGAGAAGACUGUGGAUUUGGAGCCAUGUACUGGGUUUCAGAGAAAGCUGAUAUACCAGACACUGAACUGGAAGUUCCCCAAGGGGCUUCAUGUGGAAACCAUGGAAACAGAAAAGAAGGAGCGGUAUAUCCAGAUCAGUAAAGUAGAUGAGGAGGAGAGGAAGAGGCGAGAACAGCAGAAACUGGAGAGGGAGCAGGAGGAGUUAAACGAUGCUGUGGGCUUCGCCAGGGUCAUCCAUGCCAUCUCUAAAUCUGGUAAACUCGUGGUUGGCCACAACAUGCUGCUGGAUGUCAUGCACACCAUCCACCAGUUCUACUGCCCUCUGCCAGAGGAUCUUCAAGACUUCAAAGAGGUCACCCAGUGUGUCUUCCCAAGACUUUUGGAUACAAAGUUGAUGGCCUCCACUCAGCCUUUUAAGGAGCUGAUCACCAACACGUCUCUGGCAGAGCUGGAGAAGCAGCUGAAGGAGAGCCCCUUCAAAGCACCUCAAGUUGAGACGGCAGAAGGGUUCCCCAGUUAUGACACAGCACAGGAGCACCUCCACGAGGCUGGUUACGACGCCUACAUCACUGGCCUCUGUUUCAUCUCCAUGGCCAACUACCUGGGCUCAUUCUUGACUCCACCCAAAGCCCACAUCUCAGCUCGCUCUAAACUGAUUGAGCCUUUCUUCAACAAGCUUUUCCUGAUGAGGAUUAUAGAUAUUCCCUACCUCAACAUCACUGGACCAGAUUUGCAACCUAAAAGAGACCACGUUUUGUAUGUCACCUUCCCAAAAGAGUGGAAGACCAGUGACCUCUACCAGCUCUUCAGUGCCUUUGGUAAUAUCCAGGUUUCAUGGAUAGACGACACAUCAGCCUUCGUCUCCCUAAGCCAGACGGACCAGGUGCAGAUAGCUAUGAACACCAGUCGCUAUGCGGAGAGCUACAAGAUCCAGACGUAUGCAGAGUACCUCCAGGGCAAGCAACAGGAGAGGGAGAGGUUCAGUCAGACUGCCCACUCGUGGGGAGAGGAUGGCUGGGUUAAACCUCACUACACCACCUCCACUACUGGAGCAACUGGAUUUGGUUAUAGCAGGACAUUGGGGAAGCGCAGCAUCAGUCCCACUCAAGCAGAACAGGGGACUGGAGAUCCUCUAAUUACAGAUGGCUGGAGUCACUACACAUACUCAGAUGGCACCGGCAGCAAGAAGAUCAAAACUGAUGAUACAAGUGGACGGACAUAUGCAGGAGUUGUUGACAGCAAGACAUCAGAGGGAUGGCUAAAGACGCAAUCCUCAUCAGAUUCAGCAGGGUUAAGUCCAGUCCAAGAAGAUGAAGGAGCUGAGGCGUCAGACCCGGGCAAUGAUGCUGAAGGAGCCGUCAGCUGGCAGCAGGCCUCAAGCAUCCAGGGAAAGAAAGGUCGAAAGAACAAGAAAAGGAAGCCUGAAGGAGCUGAACCUACAGCGUCCCUGUUUGAGGUCCCUGAAGUCUGGUAGCGAGAGGUGAGGAGUGGAGAGGACCACCUCGCUACUCCACCAAGGACCUGUCCCCUACUGGGCCAUCGCCCCCUUUAUCUACUUAGCACUUGGGGCGCUUUCCUUUUAGGGUCAUAACAGAAAUGGGAGUGGUGCAUGCCCCAAAUUCAUUUGUUCGCUCAAUAGCCGUGGAUACCGUUCCCACGGCUACCAGCCAAUCAACUUGACUGGACUAUUUGAGAGAGAGGGAGAGAGAGAGAGAACACAAGCCAUAACGACAGCUGCCAUUUUCCCUGCUUACAACAGAGGAGGAGCGGGCAACUCUUCAUGAUUAACACACACACACACACACACACACCACUAAAUCUGAGAAAUCUAAAUUCUAUAAAUUCUGUUUUGUAGUCUCAUAUGUGUUCAGACUGGAAUCUGCCACCACAGCGAUGCUUUCAGUUUGGAAUCGCUCAUCAAUUUUAAUUACCCUGUCAUCUUGACUCAGUCUUAUAUUUUGUGAGUGAUUUGUAUGUGAGUUUGUGCAUGUGAGGGAGUUGUACAUUUGCUCUAGUCUUUGUAUGUCUGUCAGUCCAUUUCAGAUUUGUGAGAGUUAAAACACAACUUGACUGUUCCCGUAGUUUACAAUGUCAGGGUUACGUAGUAUUUUAAAGCAGUCAAAUCUUGAUUUUUUUUUUUUUUUUUUUUUUUAAAGUGUGUAAGUUCUGUCAAAUUCCAGUUUUAUCAACUAUAUAAGCUUAUCAAUGAUAAUGAUAUUUAUUAUUGGUGGCAUUUUGACCCUUCAUGAGAGGAGCUAGUGGUGUUUAUUUUGUACAUUUAAUGUUUUUCUUUACCUUUUGUCUUUGUGUUAAUGUUUUUGUAACUGUGUCAACCUGCGAUGAUGUCAAAGUAUGUUCUAAUGCAAAAUGUGUAAAUGUUACAAAUACGUGAACAUUUUUGUACAAGGAAAAAUUAAAAAGAUCCCUAAAUAUUUCCUUGGAGAGGGGAAAAAUUAAAGAAUGUUUCUUAGUA